GUGUUCACUGAACUUGGCCGCAACUACAUAUCGCCCAUAAAUAUCGACAUCGAGUGCAGUCGAAAAAAAGAACAAUAAUUUGUCAGGAAAUUGUUUUGCUGCCCCGCUCAUAAUUUAGUUUUACACUCUGAGACAUUAUCGUUAAAUCCCACCAAAUGUCGUACUUACUCACGGAAAUUGCUCUGGAGAUGCUGGGCUACAAGUUCUACGACACCAACGGCACCUUCCACCUUACUAACUUUCAAAACAAUUCGACGGUCAGCGAAUUGCUUAACGAUGAACCCUCCCUGACGGACUUUAUCGAGCUGAUUGAAUCAGAGCUGAUUAGCCAAGAAGAGCAGGAACAAGAGGCUAAUUUGGCCACCGACCAUGUCCCAGAGUCGGGUACUCCACGACGCACGCCCGCUAAGGCUCUGGCCAAAAUAAUGGACUACGAGAGCGAAAAGAUUAUUUACCAAUUCACUACUCGCCUUGAACGGUCGGUGAGUCGUCGGGCGCCGACUGACCCUGAUGUCUUGCUGGGCGAAAUAAUAGACGAGGAGAAGAACCUAAUCAGGGCUGACGCCGGCGUAAUGCACAAGUUCCGCGAAUUCGUGCAGGCGCGCUUGCAACGGCUCAGCCAGCGGCCUUAUGAAAAGUAUGUGCGGACCUUCGGCUCGGAUUAGGAUGGGUACCAUGCUACAAGUUAAGAACUAGACCAUAAGUAGUUUAUAAACAUUAAUAAAUUGGUUGCCGAGCGCUGGA